CAUUCCUUCUUUCUUUUCUCUUCAAAGGUGCAAUACCAUUCCGGCUCUCCGGGGGUCGGGAACCUAGUGAAGGAAGGGUGGAGAGGUUUUACUACGGCUCCUGGGGAACCGUGUGCGCUCCUUCCAAUGAUUACAGGCACACACCCGAGAACGUCAUGAACAACGCACGUGUGAUCUGUCGCAUGUUAGGCUACCCGGAUGCACUGGGCGGCCAUUGCUGCGGAUACUACGGACCCGGCAUUGGGGGAGUUUUCAUCAGUUUGCCAGUUUGCAGUGGCAAGGAGUCACAUUUAUUGUCAUGUCAAACAUGGCAUGAAAGUGGAAGGGGGUGCAAUCACUUCCAGGACUUUGGGGUGACUUGUCAAAAGAAUCUUGAUCUCGAAGUCCGCCUUGUUGGAGGCGACACACCUAGGGAGGGUCGAGUUGAAGUUCUCUUCAAUAACACGUGGGUAACAAUUUGUGACGACAACUGGGAUUUAAACGAUGCCAACGUUGUGUGCAGGAUGCUUGGAUAUGAAAGAGCAGAGAGUUCCGCGUGCUGUUCAGCGUUCGGGGAGGGCGCUGGAGACAUUGUUUUCGACGAUUUGGAAUGCGAUGGUUCUGAGGUCAACAUUGGGCAUUGUCCGAGGAAUAAGCUGGGAUUACAUGACUGUACCCAUGCUGAAGAUGUUGGCGUGAAGUGUUUCGGCCCAUGUCUGGAACCUGACUUUACGACUGCAACAGCUGUCGUCAUCAGUUCGCCAUCACCGUCACCGAUUGACUUCAUUGCUAAUGACAGAGUGCAGGAGCAGACAUGGCACCUUUCAGCCGAUAAAACACUCGGACUGAUGAUAACUCUCGCAAUGUUGUUUAUGAUCGUCACCAUCGCCAUCGUUAUCCUGUCCGUCAAGAUACAUAUUUACAGAAGACGGAACGUGAGUUCGGAUAUGAUGUAGUUUCACCCUCCGCGGAAAUACAAUGUGACAGCAGCCAAUUAGGCCAACAUUACUGAAUAAAGUACCUGGAACUUUGAAAAAUUAUCCACAUCAGACAACAUCGCGCGUUCUUCAACAAAACAAAAACCACACAGAUGAACGAUUACCAUGAUUACAAGAAAUACCACUACGCCAAGAAAUCGAACAAAAAAUUUUAAAAAUACGUCUAUCACUACUAUUUAAUGACGAAAUGUCGAAGAAAAUAUUUCAAAGAUGUCAGUUUAGCUAUUUGUCUAUUAAUUGAUGGGCAGUUUGGAA